GUGCAUUGGAGGGUAAAGUACGGAUAAUGAACAUGACGUACACGUACUUUAGCUCCGAGUAGCCGGACGAAGCUGUAAGCACCGCCCGUUCUGGUGGACUUUAGUAGGUGUCUAGACACGCGCUCAGUAUUUUAGCUGGCGUAUCCGCUUUACGCUGUCGUUUGAAUAUACUUACCUCUUCUUUUCAUUCGAUCUUUCUCUUCCCUUUCUCUUUCUCAGCCUCUUCUGGUCAACCUUGUCCCGCCAGUCUCUCCUCAACGCUAGAUUUCUUUAUACGGCAUGUUCAAAGUCGGCGGUUGGCUCAAGGGCCAUACGCCUGGGCAUUCCAAGAGCUUGGAUUCCUUGAGCGAAAUUGCACAGAUUGAGGAUGCCAUGAGCGCCGUCACCUAUAUCAUGGCCGAUGAUAUCGAAAGCGCCGAAGCCCACCUUAGCAAAGGUUCCAGUCCAUUCCACCAGCUCGGAGCGGGAGUGUGUGUCUUCAUACGGGCAACGUUAGGUUUCGAGCCGGAAAUUGUACGCGAAGCUGCCAAUGCCCUAUCAGUGGCCGAGAACUCUGCUUACGAACACCAACGCCGUGUUAGCAAAGAUCCGAACGCGUAUAAAUCACCCAUAUACCCUCCAGGCACUGAAUAUGCGGUAUGUCAGGCAGAGGCACAGUUGAUGAGUGCUGUUGUCGGUGUGCUCAAUGAGAGCUUGACGGAAGCUAUCAAGAGCUUUUAUAAGUUGAGGAAGGCAUACCUUGCGCUGGAGGGCGUGAUGGAGAAUGAGAAGAAGUUUCUGGCAGAGAGGAGUACGAGCAGCGUCAACUCAGUGGGAUCACGCGGCUCUUCGAGAGGCUCGGUCCGGUCAAAUGUGACAGGCAGUGCACUGAAGAGCUCUCAAGGUCCUACGUCUACCGGGCCGUCCGUUGCAGCGUCAACUUCUAGUCUGAAGCAGACUACUACAGUGACUGAAGUGACUGAACCGGCUGCGAAGAAGGCCGCAGAUGACGACGAUGACGAUGCCGACUUCGUGGAUGCUCCAGAGGAUCACACUAGCGGUGAAACGCCUGUGGAAUACAUGGGGCAUCUCAACGUCACCGCUGAUAAGGGCGCUACUGUCGAGCUAAACAAUGCUCAGAAGAAGGUCGAUAUCGCAGCAAGCUCGGCCCCAGGACUUCCCACCAUGAACGACAACCCAUCCAACUCGCUACCGGACGCUAUUGAGUACUUUGAGAAGCUUACCUUGAACGAUGAGGGUGAUGCCGAUGCAGACAUCGCGUCAUUCAGCAAACACCCAGUCGAUGUCUUCAUCCUCUCCGGAUCGAACUUUUGUUUCGGCAUGCUAUUACUCAUUCUCUCGUUCAUUCCACCGUCAUUUGCUGGAUUACUGAAGAUCGUUGGCUUCAAGGGCGAUAGGGAGAGAGGAAUGCGAAUGCUGUGGCAAGCGACUAAAUUCCACAACAUUCACGGUGCCAUGGCUGGAGUUGUGCUUAUGGGAUACAUUAAUGGCUUCACCAACUUCUGCGACAUACUUUCUACCAAGGGCGAGGGUGCAUACCCAAAGGAGAGGUGUCUGGCUUUGCUUCGCUACAUGCGCGCGAGAUACCCCAAGAGUCAUCUCUGGCUACUUGAGGAGUCCAGGAUGCUCGCCUCUGAUAAGAAGUUGGAAGAGGCUGUUCAAUUCAUGCACGAAGUGGGCGAGUCAAAGCUAAAACAGCUCGAAGCGCUUACAUGGUUUGAACGCAGCUUGAACAACAUGUACAUGCACGACUACGAAGCUACUGCUUUCGCUUUCGAGAAGUGCAUUGGCCUCAACAACUGGUCCCACGCGCUGUACUACCACAUCAUCGCCGCCUCAUACGUCGAACUAUACCGAAAACACAAGACGACCGACCCAACAAAGGCAAAGGAAUACGGUACAAAAGCGGAGGAGUACAUGAAGAAAGUCAUGCCAAACGUCGGAAAGAAGAAGUUCAUGGCACGCCAACUGCCCUUCGACAUUUUUGUCGCACGUAAGAUCCAGAAAUGGGAAGCACGCGCCAAGGAAUGGAACUGCGACCUCGUCGACGCCGUCGGUGUCUCCCCUCUCGAGGAAAUGAUCUAUUUCUGGAACGGAUACAAGCGCAUGCGAGACGACCACCUCCAAGUCUCUCUCGCCAACCUCGCCUGGAGUGAAUCACCAGCCAACCCACACUGGGACAAAGAGGGCGUAGAUGAGAAAUCCAUUCUCCACGUCUUGCGCGCCGCUACACUCCGUAACAUGGACCAAACGGCUGAAGCCAAGGCCAUCCUAGAGAAAGAAGUCUUGCCUGUUGACAAACUACUCAUCACGGGUAACUUUAAAGAUAACUGGACUGCGCCUUGUGCGCGCUACGAGAUGGCCGCGAAUAUCUGGCGCGAGGCUGAUGCUGAUGGGCAUCCGGAGAAGAAUCCGCAGUUGUUGGUGCAGUGUAAGGAUUGGUUGGAUGAGGUUACGAAGAUGGGUGGGUUUGAUUUGGAUGCUAGGAUUGGUAUGAAGAUUACGACGGGUAAGGAGACGUUGCGGAAGCUUGGGGUACAGUGUUAGAGAAUGGUCGCGGUGGUGGUUAUUGGGCAAGAGGGGAAUACACAUGAAUGGUAUAGAGGUAGAGAAACACGGCAGGAUGGAGGGAAUGCGUCGCACGAUUAUAUCUCUUGUGACUAUGCCUCAAACUAGCAUCGUUAAUGCUCCAUACAGAAUACUAUGAGGAGUGAGUAAGCACAAUCUUAGAUACCACUCUACCCCUGAAACCCUAGGCGCGUACAAAGAUUCAAAUGCUUCGUUAUAUACACCACCACUCACCUGUCCUUUCACAUACGACCAUAGGAUCUUGACACCAGCGCUUCCCGUUCGCUCAGCGGUACUUAA